UCCCCGCCCCGGAAGGCGCCGCGGGGCGUAUAAGGCGCGCGCGGCCGCCCCGCUGCCCAGUCGCCGCCGGUCAUGCCCAACGCCUCCGCCGUCCAGGACCCCGAGGCCCCGCACCCCGCGCCCCCCAGCCGCGCCUGCACCCCGCUGCUCUGGGCCCUGGGCUCGGCGCUGCUGCUCGUCGCCGGCUCCUUCGCGGCCUUUGUCGCCUGGUGGGUGCUCAGGGCGCCGGACCCUCGGGGUGCCACCGCCCUGGAGGCCCCCCAGCUGCCUCCCGACCCCGGCGCUCGCUUCAGCGACCCCCCGCAGGUGAGAGGUAACCCCCGGGGGUCUUACCCUGCACUCCCAAAGCCGGGCGAGGGAGCCCUGGCCCCAUCAAGCACCCCAAACUCAAUUGGGUGCAGGCUGCGCACACUCACCUUCAGGGGUCCCUCACUCUCUGCCUUUGUUUUUCCACAGGACUUGUUUGGGCAGCUGGUGGCCCAAAAUGCCCAGCUGAGCGCCGGCGCCCUGAGCUGGCACAGCGCCCCGGGGGUGGCGCGCGUGCUGCGGGCGCGCGGGGUGCGCUACGACGCGGCGACGCGGGAGCUCGAGGUGGCCCGGGCCGGCGUCUACUACGUGUUCGUGCAACUGGCCCUGCGGCGCGUGGUGGCCGGUGGCCGGGCCGCGGGCUCCGUGGUGGCCGCGCUGCGGCUGCGGCCCGCUGCACCCGAGGCCAGCGCGCCGGCCCUCACCGUGGACCUGUCGCCGCCCGCCGCCUCCGACUCGGCCUCCGCCUUCCGGGGUGUCCUGCUGCACCUGACCGCCGGCCAGCGCCUGAGCCUGCUCCUUGAGCCCUCGGUGGGCCUGAGCCCCGCCUGGCAGCUGGACCAGGGUGCCACCGUGCUGGGCCUCUUCUGCGUGGCCCCGGACCGAGCUGGGGGACCAGACUUGCAGCAUCCCACGUGA